AUGUCGGUGCUCUUGGAAACCAGCUCUGGCGAUAUCGUGAUUGACCUGCUGGUCGACUACGCGCCCAAGUUGUGCGAAAAUUUCCUGAAGCUCUGCAAAGUGAAAUACUACAACUUUUCGCCAGUCCACUCUGUCCAAAAGAACUUUUCCUUCCAGACUGGCGACCCUCUCGGACCCUUGUCGAAACAAUCUGAUGGAGGCACGUCCAUCUGGGGCCUGUUGUCGGGCGACAGCUCCAAGAAGAUGUUCCCGGCCUUCUUCCACCCGAAGCUGAAGCACCUCGAGCGAGGCACUGUGAGCAUGGCUACAGCGCCCCUGGAUUCGGACCCGGAUACCCGCGUGGCCGCCUCCCAGUUCAUCAUUACGUUGGGCGAUGAGACGGAUUAUUUAGACGGCAAGGCCGCGGUGUUUGGCAAAGUCGUUGAGGGCUUCGAUGUAUUGGAAAAGAUCAAUGAGGCCAUCGUCGACGACAAGGGGCACCCGCUCAUCGACAUCCGAAUCAAGCACACCAUCAUUCUCGAUGACCCGUACCCCGACCCUCCCGAGCUGCGAGAGCCCAGUGCUUCGCCUCCUCCGACCAAGUCACAACUCGAGACCGUUCGAAUUGCGGACGAGGCUGCGCUGCAUGAAGAUGAUGAUCUGGAUGAGGAGGCGAUCGAGAAGCGGCGGAGGGACCGAGAGGCACGGGCCCAGGCUCUCACUCUGGAAAUGAUGGGUGACCUUCCAUUUGCCGAGGUCGCUCCCCCUGAAAACGUCCUCUUCGUCUGCAAGCUCAACCCCGUCACUACGGACGCCGACUUGGAGCUCAUCUUUGGCCGCUUCGGCAAGAUUUUGAGUUGCGAGGUCAUUCGUGAUGCCAAGACAGGCGACAGUCUUCAGUACGCUUUUAUCGAGUAUGCCGAUAAGGCAUCUUGCGAGGCUGCCUAUGCCAAGAUGCAGGAUGUCCUCAUCGACGACCGCCGUAUUCACGUAGACUUCUCGCAGAGUGUGAGCAAGCUGCAACAGGUCUGGAGAGACGAUACAAACCAGAAGCGCAGAAAACACGCUUCGAGGGGUGGAUUCGGAGGUGUUGACGAACUCGAAAAGAGGCGGCAGUACCGUGACGAAUACGAGCGGAAUGGAGACGAUUAUGAUCUUGUGUACGGAGACGAGGAAAUGAAGGGUCGCCACCAACGCGCCAAAGACCGUCGUCCCGAAUCAGAUAAGCAACCAGAGCAAGACAGAGAUCAACGGGACAGAGAUCGACCCAGAUCGGAACAGGUGCGGAGACGCAGUCGAAGCCCCGGACGCUCAAGGGCCAUGGAUAGGGACAGCAGAGGAGAUGGAGAUCGAUACCGAUCCGACGAUCGAGGUUCCGGCCGACGGUACGAUCAAUACGAGCGGCGGCGUGACGAUCGGGACUCGCGUCGCAGAGAACGCAGAGACUGGGAUAAUCGGAAUCGAGGCAGGGAUCGAGACUCGGACAGACGAAGGUAG